AUGAACAAUUCCAGAAAAGUUAUUUAUCAAAUAGGAGAACAUAGUAAUGAAGAAACAAUAAUAGCUGAUAAAUCUGAGCCAUCUUUAAUAACUAGCAUUAGUCUUAGUUCUACUGGUUCAACAAGCAAAAAGGCUAAGCGAUUUAAACAUUGUUCGCUUGCAUUCAAAAUUAUCGGACUCUUUAUGAUUAUUGGUAUUGUUCUCAUCGUUGCUUUUUUACCAAAUUAUAUUCGAAAUAAAAAUUUGGAAAAAAUGAAUAAUAAUAAUACAACAGAUCCAACAAAUGCUCAGUUACCUAAAAAUCUGUAA